AAGUUUCCUAGUGGAAAUGAAUUAAAUCAUUACAUGUUGAAAGCACAGAAAACCAUAUUCUUCUUCCGCGUUUCCACAACCACCCCACUAUCAAAAGGCACUUUCUUUUUAUUAUUAUUAUUAUUAUUUUGUUACCUUGUACAUUUGUAGUGCCUAUAAAUAUAAGCUACAUAUUUGGUAAUACAUGUAGCAAAAUCCGAGUAAAAUCGCAUUCUUCAAGCCUAGAAACAAUGAGCUAUAACAUGAGAGCUUGGGUUGUGACUGUGUUGGUUGUUCUGGUAGCUUCAAAUGCUUUUAUAAGUGAUGUUAAUGCGGCCGGAGAGUGUGGGAAGACACCAAUUAGGUCAGCAGCUGCGAGCUUGAGCCCAUGCUUGGGAGCGGCAGGGAAUGCAAGGGCCGCUGUGCCACCAGCUUGCUGCUCCAAAGUUACUGCCUUGAUCAAGACAGCUCCAAAAUGUCUUUGUGCUGUUCUGUUGUCACCUUUGGCAAAGCAAGCUGGAAUCAAACCAGGAAUUGCCAUCACCAUUCCAAAGCGUUGCAGCAUUAAAAACAGACAAGCUGGAAAGAAGUGUGGAAAGUACACGCUCCCAUGAGCAUGACGGAAGUCCGAGCAUAGACGGUAGGGAAAUAGCAAACUCCACGCGAGAAGAGCAGAGAGUGUGUUAAUAAGAGCUGCCAUUGAGGGUCAGGUUCUGCUAUAUAACCACUGACCCGUGAAGGCGGCAGCACCAGCAGUUGUUUUUGAUGUUGCUUGUAGCUUCAUAUGUGUGCUACCAUCAAAAUCUCUUUAUAUAAAAUCAUCUGCUAUUGCUUUUUUUUUUUUUGUUAUAUUAAAAAUAAAUCCAGCUUAUUCUAUCA